AUGUGGGUUAGCAGAGUGCUAUUGAUGGGCGUAGCGUUCGCCGUUGCCAGCGGUUACUCAAAUCCUCCCUUGCCUCCUCAGUAUGUCGUCCAUGAGAGGCCAAAUUACAGCGAAGUUCCAAGACCAACUUACGAUGUUCCUAAAGUUCCGGAACCAGUCUACUACUGUCCAAAUUUUGCUGGAUUAGAGUCCCAUUGCCGACCUAGUAAGGAUUGCACCGUGUGGCACAACGAAGUUUUCUCCUAUCCGAACACAGCUUGCAAAUUGAGCGAUGGAAAUCCAGGAACCUGCUGUCCUGAUCUUCCUUGCAACUACAAGGGAACGCCGUUCAAGGAGCCCCCUCUCUGUGAGGGCAAAAUUGAGUUGGACGACCAUGUUGAAUGUCUCGACGUAUUUUCGGUGAACGCAGCCUCUGAUGUUGGUGAAUUCGAGCUAAGAUUGCAAAAAGAAACAGCUAAACGUCUCAAAGAAAAGGGCAUCGUAGUUCAAGCCGCUUCACCCCGUGCUACGCAUGCCCGUUUCUCCAACCCAUCAGAGCAGGCCCGCAACGUAACCACCGAAGCAUUUGUCAGUGUCCAUACUGCAGUCGUGCUCGUUAAAAGAUUCAAAAUCAAAACCGAUCAGGUUGGCUGUGCUUUGCACAGAUUCAAGCUGUCAGAAACCGAUCUAGAUGACAAAUGUAACACCGUAAGCAAGGCUCAUUGUAGUGAGGACAAAUUGAAUUCCCCCUUCCGAAUGAUAGACGGUUCGUGUAAUAACGAAAGACACUUCGUUUGGGGUCGUUCAGUUACUCAGUACCAUCGUAUACUCGCUUCUGAUUAUGAUGAUGGUGUUUGGUCUCCCCGAAAGGCCACUAAUGGUAACACACUUCCCAGCGCCCGCCUCGUAUCUGUUGCUUUGAUGCAUGAUGUUGACCAGCCUAGCGAGUCGACCACAAUCUGGUUCAUGCAGUAUGGGCAAUUUCUAGACCACGAUUUGGUGUCAACUCCAGAAAUGUCGAAUGAAGACGGAACACCAAUCGUCUGUUGCAGUGAAGACGGGGAACACCUUGACGACGAGGAUCGCAGUCACGGCAAGUGCCUUCCUAUUGAGGUCCCAAAGAACGAUCCAUUUUUCUCCAAAUUCGGCCGAACUUGCAUCCCGCUCAUCCGAGCCAGUCUAGCGUGCAGAACCGAUGGCAAAUUGGGUCAUGCAGCUCAGCUCAACGACAACACCCAUUUCUUGGAUUUAUCACUCGUUUAUGGCUCCGAUGAUAAAAAAGCAGGUGAGCUGCGGACACGCGAGAAGGGUGAAUUGAAGGUCACUGCGAGACACGGCGGUCCAGAGUUCGAUUUGCUCCCACCACUCGACGGUGCUAGUCCUCUGAAUGCACCUUGCACCUUGCCUAAGGAAGUGUCUGGUAUUGAUCCACCCGCAGAUGUCAAAUGCUUCAAAGCCGGCGAUGGCCGUUCCGAUGUGACGCCCAAUAUGGCUACCUCACAAAUCAUCUUCUUGCGGGAACACAAUAGGCUUGCCAGAGCAUUGGCACAGUUGAAUCCAACGUGGGAUGAUGAGCGCCUCUACCAGGAAGCCCGUCGCAUUUUGAUUGCCCAAGCUCAGCACAUCACCUACAACGAAUGGCUACCUAUUCUUCUCGGCCGCUCAAAAAUGGCUGAACUUGGCUUGUUGCCAUUGCAGAGUGGUUUCAGUAGAGACUAUGACCAACACCUCAAUCCCAGCAUUCUGAAUGAAUUUGUUGGAGCUGCUUUCCGUUUCGGUCACUCUAUGGUGCAAGGAAAAGCUCUAUUGGUCAAUGAACAAAGGGUUGUGGAGAAAUCCCUUCUGUUACGGGAGCACUUUUUCAAACCGCAGGAGCACUACAUCCCUGGCAAUCUUGAUAAAUUCCUCAUCGGUCUGGCUACUCAACCAAGCCAGAAAGUGGAUCCCUAUUUCACGAUAGAGCUUACCGAGCACUUGUUCGAAGAAGCAGGCAAGGGUUUCGGUUUAGAUUUGGUGGCUCUCAACCUUCAGCGUGGACGCGAUUUAGGACUCCGUAGCUACAAUGCUUACCGAGAACUCUGCGGUGUUGGACGUGCAAAGGAUUUCGAUGGCCUUCGCGAUUUAUUCGCUCCUGCGAUUAUCCAACGUUUCAAAGAGGUGUACAACUCUGUGGACGAUAUUGACCUGUUUGUUGGAGGCGUUAGUGAGGCAAAAGCAGAAGGCUCUUACGUUGGCCCUACAUUUCAAUGUAUUUUGGCCGACCAGUUCUUGAAACUUAAACGCGGAGAUCGUCACUUCUACGAUCUGGGCGGACAAACCAGCUCAUUCACAGAAGAACAAUUGAACGAAAUCCGCAAGACAAGUUUGGCCCGAAUCGUUUGCGAAAACAGCCGAGUUUAUAACAUCCAACCAAUGGUUUUCAAAAUUCCAUCUGCAAUGAAUCCUAUCGUGAGUUGCCAAUCUUCCUCUAUUCCUCGUAUGCACCUUCGCCCAUGGCAAGAGGCUUAUAAACCAAAGACCUACGGGCAACCCUGGUAGGACAUUCAUCCCGAAAUUCGUAUGCCGCAUAGUCUAAAGCAUCUGUAGUAAUAUACGAACACUGCGAUUGAACGAAUACUCGAAUCUCAAUAGUCUAGUUCUCUCUAAAAUGUUUUUACAUAUCGUCAAUAUGGGAAGGGGACUAUGCGGGAUAUGUAACUGUAACCAAAAGACAGUUUACGAAAAAUAUGAUUAUUUAAAAGAAUCAAUGUCCCAAUUAUACGUAAAGAAAUUGAAAUUGAUGAGCUGAAUCUUUUGUGUUCGUAUUAAAAAAGAAAAAAUGUAAACAAAGAGAUUUUACGCA